CUCCUUAUCAUAUUAAAAUAGUUUAUGCAUAGACCCAAGCCUCAUAUAAGAAUUAUGUAAGAAAAAGAGAUGCUGGAUGGAUAUAGUAGACUUCAAUAAAUAGGACCAUUAAUAACUAUUCCUAGAAAUAUUGAAAGGAUACCAAAUAUGAAGAAAAUUUAGAUUUUAGAAGAUAGAUACACACAAAUAGAGAAGGAUAAUAGAUUAUUAUUAGAAAAGAUUGCAAAUAUUAUGAAUGGUACAAACAUUAAAUUUGAUUAACCAAAGAGAAUAAGCAGUUUAAAUUCAAGAAAAAAAACUGAAUAAGAACAAAUUAGAAGAGAUAAUUUAAUAUUAUUUAAGCAUAUUUCAACUAAGAAAUCAUAAUAUUCAAAAUAAUAAUACGAUAAGGACUGGAAUUAAACAAAACAAUAUUUUUAAAAUUUAUCAGGAUUAAGACCCUCAACUUAAAAAAAUAAAGCACUCAUAAGAUCUUUUGAAUUUUGA